AUGAUUGCGGAUGCCGAAUAUCAGAUUUUCAGUGUCCUCUAUACACGCACAAGCACACAUACCACACGUGUGCGCGCAUACAUACACACAUAUAACAAUUUGUUAACUAUCUAUCUCAGUCUGUUCACAUCUAUCUAUCUAUCUAUCUAUCUAUCUAUCUAUCUAUCUAUCUAUCUGUUCGUCUCUUUCAGUCUAUUUCAUCUCUGUUCAUCUAUCUAUCUAUCUAUCUAUCUAUCUAUCUAUCUAUCUAUCUUACCUUCAUUCUCUCUCAUUCUGUUCAUAUCUAUCUAUCUAUCUAUCUAUCUAUCUAUCUUCUAUCUUACCUUCAUUCUCUCUCAUUCUGUUCACAUCUAUCUAUCUAUCUAUCUAUCUAUCUAUCUCAGUUUAUUGAUAUCUAUCUAUCUACCUAACUCUCUGUCUGUUCAUAUUUAUCUCAAUCUGUUCAUAUCUAUCUAUCUAUCUAUCUAUCUAUCUAUCUAUCUAUCUAUCUAUCUAUCCCAGUCUGUUCAUAUCUAUCUAUCUAUCUAUCUAUUUAUCUAUCUAUCUCAGUCUGUUCAUAUCUAUCUAUCUAUCUCGCUCUUUCCCUUACCUAUCUCUCAGUCUGUUCAGAUCUAUCUAUCUAUCUAUCUAUCUAUCUAUCUAUCUAUCUAUCUAUCUAAUUAUUUCUAA